AUGGCGUUCUUCACACGGUGGACUUCAAACGGUACAAACCAGAUUCUGUGCAUCGACACACCCGGAGAAUUGAAGGAACGCCUGUUCGAAUCUCUGGCCUCCUCAGGCACUCUUGAGUUUCAGGAUCCUUUUGCACUGUUCCGGCCGCUUUUAGACGAGAUCCUCAAGAUCAGUGACCAAUACACCUGGCGAAUGUCCAAAGAGAUUCGAAAACACGAGAAGAGCCGCUCAAAGAGACCUUCAUUCGAUGAGCUUAAUGAUCUUCGUAGACAUGCGCGGCACAUCGAAGAAGUACAAGAAGUUAGUGUCGAGACCUUGGAACGCCUGGCUUCUAGGCAAGAAGACAACUUUAGGCAGCUUGAACUGGAGGAGGACUACCAGUCCGAGGCAAUCGAAUAUUUGAGAUUUCAGCUGCAGAUAAUGAAGAGCCUCAGGCGACGUUCUCAAGCUAACUCCGAAAGAUUGGAUGGAGAAAUGAACUUGGCGUACAAUGUGAUCGCAAACACGGAUAGUCAGAUCAUGAAAUCCAUUACUCUCCUAACUAUGAUAUUUUUGCCGGCUACGUUCAUAUCGGCUUUGUUCAGCACAACCUUCUUCGAAUUUCACGAGUAUGGAUGGAACUUUUCCACUCGAUUCUGGAUAUACUGGGUUGUAACGGUUCCUUUGACGCUUUUUGUCCUCGCCGUAUGGGGGGCAUGGAUCGGGGGAUCUGCCGGGAAAAUCAGAGCAAAGAUUCUCGGGGGAUCUUCCAAGAACAAGAAAGCGUAG